GCCCCCACCCCGCCCCGGCCGCCGGAGCAUGCAGCUGGGCGCAGGCCGGCUCGCAGAGAUCCCGGCGGCCGGGCAUCCGCAGAGGAGGCGCAACUGGUGCCCGGGCCCGGGGGCGGCGGCCGCAGUGGCGGGCGGGCAGGCUCGGGGUGACCGGGCCAGGCGUAGCCUUUGCAUGAAGCCUUGGGCCCCAGCGGAGGGCGGCGGCGGGGGCGUCCCGGGGCUCAUGGCGAGCAGCUGAGGCCGGCGGCCCAGCCCAGGCGCUCCCGGGGGGCUGCGCGGAGGAGGCGGCGGCCCCCACGAUCGCCAGCCAUGCUGCUGGCCUCUGCCGUGGUGGUCUGGGAAUGGCUGAACGAGCACGGCCGCUGGAGACCCUACAGCCCGGCCGUGAGCCACCACAUCGAGGCGGUGAUUCGGGCCGGGGGGCCCCGCGCAAGCGGCGGCAGCGUGGUGCUGGGCCAGGUGGAUAGCCGCCUGGCGCCCUACAUCAUCGACCUGCAGUCCAUGCACCAGUUCCGCCAGGACACCGGGACCCUCCGGCCUGUGCGGAGGAGCUUCUACGACCCGGCCUCGGCGCCCGGGAAGGGCGUGGUGUGGGAGUGGGAGAACGACGGCGGCUCGUGGACGCCCUACGACAUGGAGGUGGCCAUCACGCUCCAGCACGCCUUCGAGAAGCAGCAGCCCUGGAUCGACCUCACCCCCAUCGGCUUCUGCUACGUCAUCGACUUCGGCACCAUGAGUCAGAUCAACCGGCAGACCCAGCGCAAGCGGCGCGUGCGGCACCGGCUCGACCUGGUCUACCCGCUGGUGGCGGGCGCGCUGCCCAAGGCGCAGUCGUGGCCCGCCAGCCCGGGCCCGGCCAGCUCGCCCCCAGGCCCCCCGUGCUCCUGCCCCCAGUGCCUCCUGGUGAUGAGCGUCAAGGCCGCCGCGGGGGCCAACGGGGGGCUGCUGCCACCCCUGGUCAUCCGGAAGAGUGGGCCGCCCCCCGCGGGGACCAGAUUGCUGCCGCCUCCGGGCACCGGCCUCAAGCCUCUGGAUGGGGCAGGCCUCCGGGGCCCCGGGAAGACGGCAGCCUCCCAGGCCUCCCGGAGGCAGGCCUCCGGCGUGCCUGCCCUGACCUCCUCUGCCUCCCAGGCCAGCCCCCCUGGGGCUGCGGGCAAGAACGGGCGUGUGGCGCUGGCCACCCUGAACCGCACCAAUCUGCAGCGCCUUGCCAUCGCCCAGUCCAGGGUACUGAUCGCUUCCGGUGUCCCCACAGUCCCCGUGAAGAAUCUGAAUGGGUCCAGCCCUGUGAAUCCGGCCUUGGCAGGAAUCACAGGGAUCCUCAUGAGUGCCGCAGGACUGCCCGUGUGCCUCACCCGGCCACCUAAACUGGUCCUGCAUCCUCCUCCAGUCAGCAAGAGCGAAAUCAAGUCUAUCCCAGGGGUCUCCAACACAAGCCGCAAGACCACCAAAAAACAAGCCAAGAAAGGGAAGACGCCAGAAGAAGUGCUGAAGAAGUACCUGCAGAAGGUGCGCCACCCCCCGGACGAGGACUGUACCAUCUGCAUGGAACGCCUUGCAGCGCCCUCGGGCUACAAGGGCCCCCAGCCCACGGUCAAGCCAGACCUGGUGGGGAAGCUGUCCAAGUGCGGCCACAUCUACCACCUUCAUUGCCUGGUCGCCAUGUAUAACAAUGGCAACAAGGAUGGAAGUUUGCAGUGUCCAACCUGCAAAACCAUUUAUGGUGUCAAGACAGGGACCCAGCCCCCUGGGAAGAUGGAGUAUCACCUCAUCCCCCAUUCCCUGCCUGGGCACCCAGACUGUAAAACCAUCCGGAUAAUCUACAAUAUCCCCCCGGGGAUUCAGGGACCAGAACACCCGAAUCCUGGGAAGAGUUUCACCGCCCGGGGUUUCCCUCGACAUUGUUACCUCCCAGAUAGUGAGAAAGGGAGGAAGGUGCUGAAGUUGCUGCUGGUAGCCUGGGACCGGCGACUGAUCUUUGCCGUGGGCACCUCCAGCACCACCGGCGAGUCUGACACAGUCAUCUGGAAUGAGGUCCACCAUAAGACGGAGUUUGGCUCCAAUCUCACAGGCCAUGGCUACCCAGACGCCAAUUACCUGGACAAUGUGCUGGCAGAGCUGGCUGCCCAGGGCAUCGCCGAGGACAGCGCUGCCCUGGAGAAGGACUGAGGCAUGAAGGCGGCACGAGAGGAGGGCUGACCGCCGCCGGGGCACCAAGUUGAGGAAGCAGCUCUCUUUGCUCCUCCUUCUGCCCCUGCAGGUGACAGCCCGCUCUAGAGGCUCUGUCUGUCAUUCAUAAACCUCAUCAGAUACAGGAGGGGACAUGGGACGGGCAAUCCCGCUCGCCAUGUUCUCCAUGACACUACAGCCCUAGGGGGCAAGGAGUCCCCUCGUGGGGAGCUUGGCCACCCCCUGGCCAUCACUCACCCCCUGGGCCUUGUGAAGCUGGAGGCGUCGUCCUCUGGAGCCUUCCUUGGUGUUUACUCUCUGCUUUGCUCGCAGAGUUUCAGUUCCCUCUCCUCUUCAGGGAAGGGAGCAGGGCCCUCACUGUGCAGGGUGGGGGGGAACCGGUUAACUUGCUGUGACAUUGAAUGCCUUGGCCAAUGUGGGGUCAGAGGGAGGCUUUUGGAAAGGCCUCUGGGAGCAUCAUCACCAUUGCCUGCUCCCUCUGCCUUCUCAGAUGAGGCCACUGUUCUUUGUUGCUGAUGGCCCCUGAGGUUUCUUCUCUUGGGUCCAUCACUUCAGUUGGAAUUGAGCCUGAGUCUGCUCUGCCUAGAGUUAUUCAGGUUUCCACCCGGGACCCUCCAUUCUCUUGCCCUCCUCCAGGUCCGUCCUAGCCAGCAUCUGAGCUGUGCUCAGGGACAGAAGGCCUUGAACCUUUUUUCCCUGCUGACUCACGUCAGCCCAGCCAAAAAGAGACCUGGUUCCCUUAAGUUCAUGUAUUCACUGUGAGUUGAGUCCAUGCCAGACUCUGUCCUAUCUGUGUACGUGCCAUAGGGCCUAUCCCUUAUCUCCCCAUCUCAUCCAUCAGUGCCCCCCCCCCCCCCCCGAUUCUGUUAUAUUUGGAGCUGGAAUCCCAGGUUUCCUGUGUGCUGGGAUCCAAGCAGAACCAACUCACGUACCCUUGUUUUCCGUCUGCUCUUAUGCAGCUCACAGUAAAGCUGGAGGAUGAUUUGUUCCAGGCCUUGUGGCAAGAGAGAGGUUAGGGGAGAAGCCCAGGAGUGCCAGGAUCUCUUGGAACACUUGUCAGAUAUGAUCUGUCCCCUCCUACCUAGAAGAGAUUUAGAACUAGAAGAGGCCAUGGAGGCAGCCUAGUCUAGUCUACUCCCCUCUUUUACAGAUGAGAAUAUCGAGGCCCAGAGCACUAGAGGGACUUGCUUAAGGUCCCACAGGUAGAAUUAGAAUGAAGAAUUGAACCCAAGGCCUCUGCUUCAAAUGUAUAUUUUCUAUACACCAGGCUGCCGCCAUUAUGAUUAUGCCUGGCUGUGGAGAAGAGGAGGCCCUCAUCUCCUGAUCUAGUUCAGCCUAGGUUGGAAUCCAGUUGGGUUCCUAACUUAUUCCUAAAUGGGACAAAAUGCCAUCCCACCCCCAUCUGGCCUAGUCUAUGCCCAAGCUGUGUCCCUGGGGGAGGGGAGGUUCCCUUGGCCCAAACUUCUCUCUUGCUAUCUGCUCCCAGUGGGGGAUGAAUUGGGGUUCAGAAGAGAGAGGGGGGAACUUUGUUUCCCUUUGAAAGAAGGUGGGUUCUUUGAACUGUGUGUAAGGGGGAGAUUCUCCCGGAUAUGGAUUUGAAUUUAUAUGCCUCAUGUUUUGGGGGCCUGACGUAUAUAUGUACAUAUAUUUCAUAAUGUUUGGAAGGUUUUUGAUGGUACUUCAGUGAGGACUGGAGGCCAGCCCUAUGGGCUGCUUGUUUGUGGAGAACCCAUUUUUGAAGUGAUGGUAGUCAAGGGCUCUAUGAUCCAAGUUCCACGCAAUCUAGAAAGAAAAAGCUGGUGCUGAGAUCUAGGAUCCAUUCAAAAUGGCUGCCAGCAGGGGAAGGGAGUUGGGAAACAACCAGUGACUUCCUCUAGAGGGAACACUGAUAGGAAUUUCUAGUUCCUCCCUGGAACAAUCUGCCAUUUUAUUUUGGAUUGUUUCAAUUCUUCCUUUGAAAGGUUCAUCAGCUCUUACCAAUGGUCUGGAGAUCACUCCCUGCAGACUUUGAAAUUCCUCCCACUUUCUCCCUUUUCGCCCCUCCUCUGGGCCAGGUCAUACCAUUCCCUUUCUCCCUGCGGUGUUGGGAAAGGAAGAGGUAGGCCAGCCUUUCCUUGGGACAUCUUGGCCCUGGGGCUUUUCAGUGGCACUUGGUUACAACCACCACAUGUCUCAAACCACAAAUGGAAACUCUUGGCGUGGCAGAGGACACUCCUCAGCAGAUAACUUUAGUUUUCCCAGCAAAGGCUGUUGCUGCUUGCCACACACCUGGCACCAGCCAACCCUGGUCAGUUCUCUGGGCUUGUCAAUACUGGAGACCAGCAAAGUUGGGAUGGAUGAAGGGACUGAAAGGAGUAGAAGUUGAAGGGAAGCAGUUGUGGGUAGCAAAGAGUAAUAGAACAAGUGGUUUGGUUGAAGGUUAGGAUGGGGGGAGCAUGGAUAGCCCAGGGAAUUCAUCAGGGUUGGUCAGCUUACUACGGUUAGUUAGGGUUCAAGCCAGCCUCCUUUCCAGUAAGAUGUCCAAUCUGUGUUUCUGCCUCAUUUUCUGCCGUUUGGGGGAUGUUAAGGGGCCUCUUUAUCUACCCUAGCUCGCCUCCUUCAGCUUAUAGCAUUCAGAGAGAUCUUUGGGCCUAACUGGUCUUAGGAGCACAGGUUUUGAACUGGAAGGGACUUUGUCCAGAGGUAAGAUUACUUCCCCAAGGUUUCCUAGAUAGUAAGUGGCAGAAUCCCCACCCAGGACCAUCCCAGCACCCCUUCUUUACUGUGCCAGCUGAGGCUGGGGGCAUUUCUCUGCCCCUUCCCUUUGCCAAGGCUCUAACCGUGUAGCCUGAGACUAGGAUCCACAUGUUGUCGGUGGGCAAACCCCCACUGGCAUAGGGAGGAGCCUUUGGAAGCCCCUUCCUUGAACCUGGUCAUGAUGCUCAGGAGCCUCCUGAUUGUACUCUGCAAAAGCUAAUGAGGAAACUCCAAGAUCUCUGGCCCUGCCAGGGCCUGUCUGUAGGCUCGCUCCCAGGCAGAGCUCUCCUUCCCCGGAGGCCCUGCUGCAUAUCCAUUGCCUCCCCAGGAGAGAGCUCUCAUCCUGCCCCUCACCAUCCCAGCACCAGCAAGGACCCGGGUCCUGCCUUCAAUCCGAGACCUCCUCUAGGCCUGGAGACGGGCCCCCCAAGCCCGUCCCCGUGGGUCUGUGGAGGUGUGUGUGUGGGUGUGCGCGCGAAUGUGUGUCCGUGUCUCUUCUUUUCCUUUUCGGUAUCCUCUGGAGUUGUCUGUGUUUUUAUACUCGGUCAGGAACCUGUGGCACCCUGAGGUCCCGCUGGCGACGAGCAUGGGGUGGACGGGAAGGGUCCUGCCUUCUUCCUAGCCGUGGUUGUUGCAAUUGAUUUGGGGUUUUGGGCGGGGGGGAGGGAGUGGGCGAAUGUCCUGGUGAAUCAUUGAUUUGUUCUUGAAAAAGCGUUGGGGUUUCCUUUGGGGUUGCUUUGGCUGUCUGCUGUACUUCCCUGCUGGAAGAUAGCGACACCUAGUGCCCAUCGGGUUUGUGUGCAGAACAAUAAAGGAAGACUUAAUGUUC